CCCAGCCUGGCAGCAUGGGGAGGAAGAAAAUUCAGAUCUCGCGCAUUCUGGACCAGAGGAAUCGACAGGUGACCUUCACCAAGCGCAAGUUCGGGCUGAUGAAGAAGGCGUACGAGCUGAGCGUGCUGUGCGACUGCGAGAUCGCCCUCAUCAUCUUCAACAGCGCCAACCGCCUGUUCCAGUACGCCAGCACCGACAUGGACCGCGUGCUGCUCAAGUACACGGAGUACAGCGAGCCGCACGAGAGCCGCACCAACAGCGACAUCCUGCAGACGCUGAAACGCAGGGGAGUGGGCCUCGACGGAGCAGAACCGGAGCCCGAGGAGGGGUCUGAUGCGUCCAGGGAGAAGCUACGGAGGCUGGCGGGCGACGGGGGCGACCCGACCUUGCCCAGGCCCCGGCUCUAUCCGGUGGCCCCUGCCAUGCCCAGCCCAGAUAUGGUCUACGGGGCCCUGCCGCCGCCCGGUUGCGACCCCUGCGGGCUCGGGGAGGCCCUGCCGGUGGCCCAGAGCCGGCCAUCUCCCUUCAGGCCCGCAGCCCCCAAAGCGGGGCCCCCAGGACUGCCUCACCCUCUGCUCGCAUCCUCAAGCCUCCUGGCCCCCAAGACGCCCCCACCCCCGCCCCCAGCACCGCUGUACUUGGCGGCAGCGGACAGCAGGCGGCCAGACCUGCCCGGGGGCCUGGCGGGGAACCGAGGGACCCUGAACACCCCGAGAAACCUCUACAGCAGCCUGCAGAACCCAAACUCGGCCACGCCGCCUGCAGCCCCACUGGGCAACUUCCCCUUUCUCCAGGCAGGCCCCCCAGAGUACAGCUUGGGAGAUCCCCCGCCACCCCCUGGCUUGCUGCAGCCCCCGGCCCUGGUCCCGUGGCAGGCGAGAGGGGAUGGGCCUCCCGUGGCCCCUGCCCCGCAUAGUGGGGGCCGCAGCCUGGGCGAGGAGGGACCCCCGGCCCGCAGCGCCUCCCCGCCGCCGCCUCAGGUCAACAUAAAAUCCGAGCGCCUGUCCCCUGUGCCCCCCGGCGGCCCCGGCGACUUCCACAAGGCCUUCUCCUACCCGCUGCUCCUGGGCCGGCCCGGGCCCUCGCUGCGCCGGCUGCCGUCGGCAGAGGGCUGGCCCCGGUAG